AUGAUUGUAAUGGGUCUUUCUUGUAAUGGGUCUUUCUUGCAAGGUCAUGUAAAUCACUCAAUUUUCUGGAAGAAUCUCACUCCCACCAGUGAAGGAGGUGGCGAGCCACCACAUGGUUCUUUGGGAUCGGCUAUCAACCAGAGCUUUAGUUUUGUGGAAAAAUUGAUUGCUAAAAAGAACGCAAAAGGCGUUGCUGUGCAAGGUUCUAGAUGUGUGUGGCUUGCUGUUAACAUAGAGUUGAAGAGGCUUGUGGUUGAAACCACAUCAAACCAGGACCCAUUGGUUACAAAAGGUCCUAGUUUGGUUCCUCUGCUUGGCAUAGAUGUUUCGGAGCAUGCAUUUAAACAAAUUUCAUUUUUGUAUGAAUUUAUGAUGGGUCUUGCAAAUCUUGCUUUACUUUCUGGUGAACGUUCAUCUUUAAAGGUUUUGGGACCCAUAAGCCAGGCCUUGCAUCAUGCAGCCCAGUAUUUGGAUGGCUUACCAACUUUAGCAAUGUCAUCAAACAUAGCUGAAACUGUGAAAAGAGCCAGAGAACUGAGGGAAUUGGGAGUUUACCCUAUGGUCCUCAUCUCCCAAAUGGCUACACUUAUUAUGGACAUUAUUGCUGGAACAUAUCAAGUAAUUGAAGCUAGUGCUGACUCAUUGUUUGAUGGUAGAAGCUCCUCGGAAUCCAUACGAGACACUGGAGCAGUUGCAAGUUCUCGGGCUACUGAAAUUGGGCUUGAUAUUCUAGCACAAACAAUCCAGACGAGCAUUGUGUUUACAUUAGAAGAAGGCCUGAGGGUCUUGUUCAAUGGUUUAGUUGUGUUUGCUCUAAGGGAGAUCAACUUAUCAAAAGUAACCUUCUCAACAACAUCAUUCUACUUAAGCAGGUGAUUAAUCAAGAUUAAGGGAGAUUUUUAAUCAUGUUUGGC